CCUAGCCAUAUGCAUCAGUGUUAUUAUAAUUUUAGCAAGCCAGAUAAAAUGAUCGUAAAACGAACCAAAAUGUCGAAAAAGGAGCCAAACAAUUAGCUUGUAACAGCUGUGUCUUUGUGAAGGACUAAAAAUCACCAUUGCUAUUGUUCGUGGAAAAAUAUAUAAUCUCGAACCCCAAAAAAAAAUGUGCAUCCGGUGUUUCUAUAAAAUCUUCGGCAUGGGCCCAAGCGGAUCGCAGGACGAUAUUCUCCAAGCGGAUUAUUCCAAAGAGAGGCUGAACAAACUCGCUACUACCGGGGAGGUCAGGAACGGUCAGUCCCGGUACGGCGUGCUGUCCGGCUCCCGGCAAAAUAUGGAGCUGUCGGACCGGACAAAACAGCUGCAGAAGGAUUCUUUAGAUAAAGCGGCUAAGGAGAAAAACAUACCGGGAGCAAGCCUUAACAGCCAGAGCCGGUCAGCCUCGGAGGAGGACAGGGGCGAGGGGGAGUCCAGCGUCUGGAAGAAUGUCAAAUCCAUCGCGAGCAUGCUCAUGGACGAGGCGGAGGUGGUGGAGCGGGGGGCACAGGGGCCCUACGUCGAGGGGGUGGAUUACAAGCUGGGCAGCCUCCAGCUGGGCCUCAUUUACGAUUUUCAAUCAUUGACCUUGACCCUGAGGAUAGUGAAGGCCAAGGACCUCCCGGCCAAAGACGUGACGGGGACCAGCGACCCGUACGUGAAAAUCAUGCUCCUCCCCGAUAAAAAACACAAACUUUUGACCAAGGUCAAGAAAAAAAAUUUGAACCCGCAUUGGAACGAGUGUUUUCUCUUUGAAGGCUGGCCUCACAACAAACUGUUGGAGAAGACGCUGUACCUCCAGGUCAUCGACUACGACAGGUUCAGCAGGGACGACCCCAUUGGCGAGACCUACAUCCCGCUCAACGAGGUCGACCUCUCGCAGUCACCGGUGCUCUGGAAGUAUCUGCAGCCGUGUAAAGAUUCUAGGGGUAAACUAGGCGAACUGCUACUGUCUCUCUGCUACCAACCCAACAUCGGGCGACUUACUGUGACGGUCAUGAAAGCCAAGGAUCUCAAGGCCAAGGACAUAACGGGAUCGUCUGAUCCAUAUGUGAAAAUCUGGCUCUCGUACGGUGGGCAACGGGUCGAGAAGAAGAAAACCAACAUCAAGAUGAAAACUUUGAACCCCAUCUACAACGAGUCCUUCAUUUUCGAUAUUCCGUGGGAGAAAAUCCGCGAAGCUAAUUUGGAAGUCAGCUGUAUGGAUUUCGACAAAGUAGGCCGAAACGAACUGAUUGGACGAGUCGUGCUGGGUUGCCGCAGCGGACCAAUGGAAACUCGGCAUUGGAAUGACAUGGUUGCUAAGCCACGACAACAAGUGGCGCAGUGGCAUUUGUUGAAAGAUUGAAAAAGUUGUUCGCUUGAAAUAGUAGAGAUUCGGUUCAAACUCUGUUGAUAACCUACUUUGUUGUGCAGACAUUAGCAGUGUUCACAUUGACCUACACCUUGUUGAAAAAAAAAAUCAUUGUAAUCCAUAGUUACAUGUAUUAUAUACAUCAAUUUAGUUCUUAUUAAUAUUUAUGUAUAGUUGUAUUAAGACUGUCCACUGUGUUAUGUAUUGCCCCCCAGCUUUUAUGAGACACUGGGUUUGUGCAUGUAAAAGAGAUGUUAUAAUUGUAUCUAUGAUAAAACGCUUGACAUUGAUGGGCAAAAAUAGUCGAAGCUAACAUUAAUUCGUAUUACGAUAAUGUCUUUAAAAUGAUCUAAAUAAAGUCACCGGUGUUUAGUGAAAUUUUUGGUAAUCCCUUAGUUUAGCGUCGGAAAUUAUCGGGUAAUGUUUGUUGAGUUUCGGUAAUUAGAGUUACGGUAAACCAUGGUUUAUUUGACCAUUGAAAUAUAAAUAAAUUGAAAGUCGAUUGUAGUAAAUUAAUGUUUUAAUUUUUUAAGUUUAAUCGACAAAAGGAAACAAGAAUAAAUAUAAUAGUAGAUUUAAAUUAGUAGAUCUAAAAAUAAAAACAUAUAUAAAUAUAAAUAAUGUAUCAAAUGUAAUAAUUUAAUGUUUUUGGCUUGCAGCGGAUUUGCGACCAUUAAUUAAUUAAAUCUAGAUCUAGCUAGAUAUCUAGCUGCUAGGCCAAGUAAAAAAAUCUA